CCCAUUUAAUUACGUAUUGACAAUUUUGUAUAGUUGUCUAAUAGUGUUAACCAGUCUACUUUAUUAUAUUUUAAUUUUUUCGAAAAUAAAAUUUGCAUUAAAAGUUUUCAUGCGCAUCUUUUGUGCUGAAUUAUCACUUGGUUGUGUUUUAGUAGGAUUUUUAGCAUCCGCUUUCACAUCUAGUAUGCAAACAUCGUUUCAAGACAUUCGAAGAUUCGCUCAAUGCGAUCUGAAAUUGGAACAGAAAUUAAAAAUUGUGAAUUUUAUGAAAAGAUUUGGAAAGGCGUCUUUAUGUUUAUCUAUCAACGGUUUCUUCGACGUUACCAAGAAGUUUCCUAUUAAGAUGUAUAGCGCUGUGCAUUCUGUGUAUUCGCGUCUCAUAAAUUUGACGACCGUUUCCAAGAAGAAAAACUGCUCUUACUGA